AUGUUCAGCCGGGGUGGCGGGGUAAGCGCAAUGAGGCACCGCGACCUCGGCCCAGAGCAGGAGAAGGAACAGGGGGGUACAAUGUUAAAAGAAGCUGCGUCCUUAAUAAUGAAACACACGGUGACAUCACGUCGCCACCUGACUCCAGAACUGGCUCUUCGUCUGAUCACACCAGAAUGUCCAUUGUGGAAGGCCACUGAAGACCAAAUCCCGUUCAAAGAUCCAUUCUGGGCCUUCUACUGGCCUGGAGGACAGGCCACAGCUAGAUUCAUUUUGGACAACGCCGAUCAAUUCAAGAAUCGUUCCAUUUUAGAUGUUGGCUGUGGAUGUGGAGCAGGAAGUAUCGCCGCUGCAAAAGUAGGAGCGAAAAAAGUGAUGGCCAACGACAUCGAUAGUUUUGCCGUUACUGCUACAAAAAUAAAUGCUGAAUUAAAUGACGUCGCUAUUGAAACUAGUACAGAUAAUUUAAUCGGAGAUUGCUGUGAAGAUUUUGAUACAAUACUUAUAGGAGAUAUGUUUUAUAAUGAAGAAUUCGCGAGUCUACUGUUUGAAUGGCUGAACAGAAUUAGCGCUGAAGGUGGGAAAACGGUACUCAUAGGUGACCCGGGUCGUCACGGGUUAACUCCCACCCGUCGACAACAGAUGUCGCUAGCAGCGCGCUACGUCCUACCUGCCCACGUUUGUAUGGAGAACCACGGUUUUACACACGCUGAUGUUUGGUCACUUAAUAAAUAA